AGGCUUAUGUCCCUCCUCAACUCUUCUAUAAUGGGAAGGUGGAUUAUUUUGACCUUCAGCGACUUGGAGGCCUCCUGUCUCAUCUUAAGAAGACUCUGAAAGAUGACCUGGCUGUGAAAGCCAAUGUCCUGAUCGACCCUUCGGAGCUGCAGGCAGUGACUAUGGACGAUCUCGAUGAAGAUGAGGAAUCGGCAACAUCAGCAGCACAGUCUCAGCGUCCCUCUGCCGCCCUGGCCAUCGGUGGAGCUCUCGCUCGACCUGGCUGGCUCAGCUCCCCCACCCUGGGCCGUGCCAACCGCUUCCUCAGCACGGCGGCCGUCAGCCUCAUGAACCCACGCCGGCCUCUUGGUGCCCUGGAGAAGAUCAAAGUACGCACGCUGAGUGUGGAGCAGCGGACAGAGGAGGACAUUGAAGGCAGCCAUGGGAAUGAGGGUCUCUUGGUGGGCAGACCCCCAGAGGAGCCAGACCAGCCCAUCACAGAGAACUCCCUGCUGGAAGUCCUGGAUGGGAUAGUGAUGAUGUACAACCUCAGUGUCCACCAGCAGCUUGGCAAGAUGGUUGGUGUAUCCGAUGAUGUGAAUGAAUAUGCCAUGGCACUGAAAGACACAGAGGAGAAAAUCAGCCGCUGCCCAAAGAGGAGGAGAGACAUCCAUGAGGAACUACUGAAGAGCCAAAAGGUCUUCUCCGAGAAGCUCAAUCACCUGAGCCGACGUCUCGCCUGGAUAAAUGUCACCAUUUAUUCAAAGGAGAAGAUGCAGGAUAUAUACUGGCUGCUGCGCGUGUGCAUCCGCACCAUCGAGCACGGAGACAGGACGGGCUCGCUUUUUGCUUUCAUGCCAGAGUUCUACCUCAGUGUGGCUAUGAACAGCUACAGCGCCCUCAAGAACUACUUCAGCCCUGUGAACAGCAUGGAGGAACUGCCAGGCUACGAGGAGACCCUGAUGCGCCUCGCUGCCAUCCUGGCCAAGCAUUUUGCGGACUCAAGGAUUGUGGGCACAGACAUCCGGGACUCCCUGAUGCAGGCAUUAGCCAGCUACGUCUGCUACCCCCACUCACUGCGUGCUGUGGAGAGGAUCCCAGAAGAGCAGCGGAUCUCCAUGAUGAAGAACCUCCUGGCUCCCUAUGAGCAGCGACCUUGGGCACAGACCAACUGGAUCCUUGUCAGGCUAAGUGAGCAUCGUGGCUGUGGCUUCGGGUACAGAUACACACGACUCCCACACCUGCUGAAAACCAAGCCUGAGGAUGCCAGCCUUCCUAGCCUGCAGAAGCCGUGUCCCUCCACCCUGCUGCAGCGGCACAUGGCAGACCUGCUCCGCGGCGACCGCGACCUGGCCCCCAGCUUCCUCAACAGCGUCCUCAACCAGCUGAACUGGGCUUUCUCUGAGUUCAUCGGCAUGAUUCAGGAGAUCCAGCAGGCAGCAGAGCGCUUGGAGAGGAACUUUGUGGACAGCCGCCAGCUGAAGGGGUGUGCAACCUGCUUUGACCUGUCGGUGAGCUUGCUCAGGGUGCUGGAAAUGACCGUCACGCUGGCGCCAGAGAUCUUUCUCGACUGGAAUCGCCCAUCAUCGGAGCUGCUGCUGCGGAGGCUCGCCCAGCUCUUGAACCAGGUGCUGACCCGUGUGACAGCCGAAAGGAACUUGUUUGACAGAGUGGUCAACCUCCGGCUGCCAGGGCUGGAGAGUGUGGACCAUUACCCAAUCCUUGUGGCAGUGACGGGGAUACUGGUCCGGCUGCUUGUGGACACUGAUGCUCAGGGGUGA